AUGGCCGAGGGCCACCCGCUGGCGCCGUCCAACACCACCGACUUCCUCAUGGAUGACCAUGACGACCAGCACGACGUCGACCUGCUGUUCGACCGGUACGGCCAGCCGACGCCACGUGAGUCGCCGCUGGCCCCCGGCGGCUGGGGAUCGGAGCCAGGUGCCGCCCAAGCCGGCUGGCCUCCGCUCGAGCCGAGCGUAGCGCGCCUCGUAGCCGAGCACAUCCAGAUGGAGAGCCAAAUCGAGGUGCUGGAGGCGCGCAUCGCGCUCGUGCGUCAGCGCCGCCACUCGUCCGACGACGCCUCUGACGAGGAGAUGCAACAGGGCGAGGUGCGCAUGGCGCCCGAGACGGCCACCAAGAUUCGCGUGCUGGAAGCCGAGAUCCGCCGGCUGGAGGAGGAGAACGAGAUCUAUGUCCAGGAAACCUACGCUCCCCAGGACUACGCCCAGGAGACCUACGUCCACUUGACCUACGCUCAUGAGGCCUACAUCCAGGUGACCUACGCUCACUGGAUCUACGGCCAGGAGACCUACGUUCACGAAAUCUGUGCUCACAAGACCUAG